AUGAGACUGCACCCUGUGAUAUGGGCGUGCUCCAUGCUGCUGCAGUCGGUCUCGGCCAUCUUCUCCGAUGAUGCAUUCGUCCUUGACUACCACCAUCCGCUGAUCGGCAUUCCGCAGUCCCAUGCCACUUUCUUCCACAAGCCACAGUCCUCCUCGAAUGCCUCUUUGCUCUAUGCACUGUCAGAUAAACAUGUGCUAGGAGCCAUAAAUCCGAAAGAUGGGGCCGUGUUAUGGCGGCAGUCAUUCGUGGAUGAAUCUGCUUCAGGCCAGGGUAACAGCUAUGCGGUUCCUGGAGAAAGAGACGGGCAGAUUGUGACUGGGUACGGCGGAAAGGUCAGCUCUUGGGACGCGUUGGAUGGGAAACUACGAUGGGAGCGCGACAUUGGAAGCCCAUCGACUGUGAAUGGUGUACAGCUUCUUCCACUUGAGGAUGGCGCCUCGACGGUCGCACAAGACGUGCUUGUCAUUGCGGGAGGAGACGGUGGACAAGUUGUGUCUCGCCUUGCUGGCACCAACGGAGAGUUGGUGUGGUCGCAUUCUGAUUCGAGCGCCGGCAGCGGAUCAACGGUCUCGGUGGCUGCUUCUUCUACCGCUGUCUACUACAUUUCCAGAUCGAGCGGCCUUCUAGCCGGAGCAAAGGCGAAGGUUGUUGUACUCGAUCCCUCCUCGGGCAAGGAGAAGAGUCAAUACUCUGUGUCCGUUGACGCGGAGACUCUCAUUGGAGGAGACCAGUACUCUGCAGGCUCAUGCGCUAACCACCCAUUCAUUGUCUCCUCCGAGAAGCCCUACAAGACCGUGAAAUUCAACCUCCUGGGAAAUAACAAGCAGAGCAUGUUGACUCUCGAGGCCAAGAAUGAGGAGAUUGAGUCUCUGGGCAUUCAAUACGCCUGUGGUCCCUCGGCCCCGUCGCACUUCCUUGUACAUGCUCGGACUUCGACGAAAGACUGGGCUGAGGUUUAUCACAUUGAUUUGAAGAGCGGCGACGCUACGAAGGCAUACUCGCUCCCCGCCACCGAAGAGAGCAGCAGCUUCACGGCUCAGAACUCGGGCUCCGAAGCCUACUAUGUCCGGACCACACCUACCGAGGUAGUCCUCUACUCUUCUGCGUCACACGGCGAACUUGGACGCUGGAGACGGAAGGAUUUGACCAAAGCGCUUGAAGGCUUAAUCACUCCACUUCUCCAUGGCGCAGCGGAAGUGGUCAGCGGCAAAGCUGGGUUCGCUGUCCGCGUUGCAGAGAUUGACGCCGAUGGCAGCUUCUCCUUGAUUCGGAAUGGUGAGAUCCAGUGGACCCGACCCGAGAUGCUUGCGUAUGCCAUCAUUGGAUCAUGGAUCGAUGAAUCUCCCCAAAGUGCUCUCAUCGAAGAGCUCGAGACCGAGGCCUCUGUGUCGCCAAUCACCGCAUACUUGCAUCGUCUGACACGGCAUUUCCACGACCUGCAAGGUCUACCAGAGUACCUCAAGGACAUUGUGCAGAGCAUCACUGCACCUCCAGCCUCGGCUGUCACCGAUACCAGGCGACGUUUGGUGGGCGAUAACACGGUCGUGCUUGGAACAACCAGGAAAGAGCUAAUUGCCGUGGAUGCUAGCAACGCCGGAACUGUUGCAUGGCGAACAGACCUGUCGUCCAAACUCGCACAAGAUGCAGGUUUCAUCUACCUCUCUGCCUCAGGGGGCCGAGUGUCCGCCUACCUGUCAGACGGGUCCCUCGUUACAGUCAAUGCUACCUCUGGCACUUUCAUUGAGUUCCUAGAGGGCACAGUCCCUGCAAGCAGAGUACUCCAAAUACCAGGACCGGCUGCACCAAUCAUUGUCAAGGUUGAUGCUGACGGAAAGCCCCGAGUCGCUACAGACUUCGCACCAUCCGUCGCAUCAGAAGGCAACACCAUUGUAACCCUGAGUGAGAGUGGCACAGCCUUUGGCUGGAGCAUUGGAAAGGACGCGAAGCGGACAUGGACUCUCCUUCCGAAGGCCGGGGAGAAAUUUGUUUCAGCCGUUUCUCGUCCCCGCGGUGAUGCCGUCGCCUCGAUUGGCAAGGUCCUCGGCGACCGCAGCGUACUCUACAAGUAUAUCUCUCCUAACCUUGCUCUGCUGAGUGCUACCUCCUCCGACACCCUCACCAUCUACCUCAUUGAUGCUGUGACUGGGUCCGUCCUCUACACGACUUCACACUCUGGCAUCAUCGCCUCUGGCCCCAUCCCUACCCUUCUCACCGAGAACUGGCUGGCCUAUACGUACACGUCUCUCGACCCCGUCACCUCGGCUCUCACUUCGCAACUCAUUGUUGCCGAACUGUACGAAUCUGCAUCGCCCAACGACCGUGGCGCCCUCGCAAGUCAGACGAAUUACUCCUCAUACGCACCUGAUGCAGGAAGCCGCCCCCACAUCAUCACACAAUCCUUCACCGUCGCCGAACCCAUCUCCAACCUUGCCGUCACACAGACCGGCCAGGGCAUCACAACGCGCCAGCUCCUCGCGACGCUCGCGCACUCCAACGCCAUCGUCGCCAUCCCCAAAGAAGUCCUCAACGCACGCCGGCCCGUCGACCGCGACCCGACCACAACCGAGAAGGAAGAGGGCCUCUUCCGCUACUCGCCCACACUGGAGCUCGAGCCACGCAACUUCCUGUCACACGCGCGCGAAGUCAUGGGCGUCAAGAAGAUUCUCACGACGCCUAGCCUGCUGGAGAGCACGAGUUUGGUGUUUGCGUUCGGCCACGAUGUGUUUGGCACCCAAGUGAGCCCGAGUGGGCCGUUUGACAUUUUGGGUAAAGGGUUCAACAAGGUGCAGUUGUUGCUGACGAUCGUGGCCCUGUUCGUUGGCAUGCUGCUGGUGAGGCCGCUGGUGAGGAGAAAGAAGGUUGAGGCCCGGUGGAGGAAUUGA